GGGAGUGGUGGGCCACAGUUACGACGGGGCCCGGGAGAAACCGACCGGCGUCCUACUCAGCCCGAGACCACCUGCACUCAGCGAAGGGAGAAGCGCCGGGGCACACGCUUGGCACCAUGGCCCAGACGCCCGCCUUCAACAAGCCCAAAGUAGAGCUGCAUGUCCACCUCGACGGAUCCAUCAAACCCGAAACCAUCUUAUACUAUGGAAGGAGGAGGGGGGUCACCCUCCCAGCUAACACUGCCGAGGAACUACAGAACAUCAUCGGCAUGGACAAGCCGAUCAGCCUCCCCGCCUUCCUGGAAAAGUUCAACUACUACAUGCCCGCCAUUGCGGGCUGCCGGGAGGCCGUCAAGAGGAUCGCCUACGAGUUUGUUGAGAUGAAGGCCAAGGAGGGCGUGGUGUACGUGGAGGUGCGCUACAGCCCGCACCUGCUGGCCAACUCGAAAGUGGUGCCGAUCCCCUGGAACCAGGCUGAAGGGGACCUCACCCCGGACGAGGUGGUGGAGCUGGUGAGCCAAGGCCUGCAGGAGGGAGAGCGCGACUUCAAGGUGAAGGUGCGCUCCAUCCUGUGCUGCAUGCGCCACCAGUCCGACUGGUCCCCGGAGGUGGUGGAGCUGUGUAAGAAGUACCGGUACCAGACCGUGGUGGGCAUCGAUCUGGCUGGAGAUGAGACCAUCCAAGGAAGCAGCCUCUUCCCAGGACACCUGAAGGCCUACGAGGAGGCCGUGAGGAGCGGCAUUCACCGCACGGUCCACGCCGGGGAGGUCGGCUCCGCAGAGGUGGUGAAAGAGGCUGUGGACAGGCUCAAGACAGAGAGGCUGGGACACGGCUACCACGCCCUGGACGAUGAGACCCUUUACACCAAGCUGCGACAGGACAACAUGCACUUCGAGGUCUGCCCCUGGUCCAGCUACCUCACAGGCGCCUGGGAGUCGACCACGGAGCACCCGGUCAUUCGACUCAAAAAGGAUCAGGCGAACUACUCGCUGAACACGGACGACCCGCUCAUCUUCAAGUCCACCCUGAACACCGAUUACCAGAUGACUAAGGACAUGGGCUUCACUGAAGAGGAAUUUAAGAGGCUGAACAUCAACGCGGCCAAGUCCAGUUUCCUCCCAGAAGGUGAGAAGAGGGCGCUCCUGGAUCAGCUCUACGAAGCCUAUGGGAUGCCACCUUCGGCCUCCGCAGCAGGGCAGCAUCUGUGAGGACGCGGCGGCCGCCUCGCUGAGCCCUCGUCCCGUGGAUGGAGACUUCGCAGCUCUGGGGGACUGAACGGCACUCUUACCUUUACUCCUGGGAAGACUGUCAUUUCCAAAGUCGGCUGCUGACGCUCUUGAGGCCUGCGUGCCCACGUCCAUGCACACAUAUACCUCAGCACGGCCACGUCUCCCCCCGGCUCUGUGCCGGGCCGGGGCAAGUCUGAAACCCUCCUCCUGCGGUGACUCAUACUGAAAAGCUGGUGCUUAAUAAAGAAGCUGUCACACAGCA